AACCUUCCAGUUAUUUUUACAUAUGUGACUUAAUACUCCCGGAUCAAAUGAUAAGGGUUUUAACGUUCAUAUAUAAUAGAAAAAAAAUACGAGUAUAUCUCCAUUUCAAAAUACAUUGUGUAUGUGUAAACUGAAACUUUAAAAGGUAAUCUUCCAUGUAAACUGUUUACAAAAGAAUGUAUUAUGGAUCAAUGGCAAUACAAUAGUGGAUAUUGACUGAUUCUGACAUUUCAAAAUUGGAAUAUGCAAGACACUGACGAGCACGAGACUUUGUCUCUGCGGGUCUGUCGGGUGUUGAAUCAAAUUGGGUACAGCGCAGACAUGGUGCAGGCGCGCCGGAAGUCGUACCGGGCUCGCGACAACAGCCGGAACUCACAUGGCGGGGACGUGGCGCGCAUCACCGCCGGCAGCAAGUCUGAAGGCUUCUCAUUGUGUUUUGAAAGUGACUAUGACCGACUUAACAUAUACAAAAGCGUAUUAUGUAUUUGUGGGCAAUGUGGCUGCCAAAAUCAAACGUCAGAAAUGGACACAAUUUUUAAACUCCAUGGUGAAAAGUGUCAUCCAGGACAUUUUAAUCUGAGGUUGUUACGAGUAGGAAGCCGAUGUCACAAAACCGUAGAAAGAGCAAUAACAUGCUUCGAGGGCGAAAUAUACGUGUCAAGUGAGAAAUUUACGGAUGCACUUCAACAAGAGUUAACGUUUGAUAUCAAUGGCGGCUGGAAGCGUUGCACCAGGACGGGCCCGGCCUUGCCCUCUACACGUGGCCUCUAUUCCAGGGAUGACGUGUUCGCCUUCCGUUGUCCCUGCCAGCGACACCUACUCCGGGUGUGGGAGGACAGGCGCCGAAGAUUCGGAUGGCCGGGCCAAGAACUGAUAGCAGCUGUCUUGGCCGAAGAGGCGGACAUCGCACCGGUUAGCUGCCCCAAUAGUGAAAACAAGGCUAUGGAGUGGCGAGUGUGCUUUAUUCAAGGGGAGCGGCUUCUAACAGACAGUUUUAGCGAAACCGUAUACAAGUUGUAUAUUCUUCUGAAAAUGAUUCAUAAACAUGUAUUUAAACCUAUUUGUAAUGGCCUGUCAUCUUAUGUUAUGAAAAAUAUAACAUUUUGGAUGGCAGAAGACAAUCCGAAUGAGACUUUUACAAACGAAAACAUUGUUCACGUUUUAUGGCUAAGCUUACAUAUGCUCCAUAAGGCAAUCAAAACCAGCAAUCUCCCUUACUACAUGAUUCCUUCCAGAAAUCUUCUGGCUGGCAAACUAACUCCAAAUGAGCACAGAAAUCUACUGGAAGUAAUCGAAAUCAGCAUGAAUGACAUACCCAGACUAAUCCAACACUUGCCCAAACUAUCUGCCUCAUUCAAGGUACCCACACAAGUUUUAUUGGAGGAGAGUCGCGCGCGGGAUGACCUGGAAACCCUGGAGUUGCUCCGACAGGAUAUCAUAUCCGCCUACUGGCGGCCGGACCUCCAGCGUGAGGAGGUGGACGUUCUCUGCUGGGCGGACGCCCGAUACAGGAAUAGUCGCCUUAAGAUGUACGACAUAGUGUGGCCGGAGUGGUGCUGCCAGUUCCGCCCAGAAGUGCAGGUCGACCUGGCAUCUGUUCUCCACCCGGCCACAGACGACCAGGACGCAUUCAAAGAGAGAUACAUGCAGUUUGCGGAGAGUUACUAUGACAUCAUAUGGCCACAUAUGAAGCCGUCCAUUGAGGCCGAGCAACAUGACCUCGAUACUGACAGCAUUCCCCGACAGAAAAUCAUCACUAUCAUGGCUAUCUUACGCCUCAAGAUCGAACAGGCAUUGUCUUAGAGACAGUCUACUUUCUGUGAAUCUGUCUGGUUAAUAUUUAUUUAUUUUCAUAAACUCAUUCUAUGAUUUUACUGUAACUGUCAAAUGUUGAAACA